AUGCUCGCGACUGCAAUGCCCCCUCAAGCCUCCCACCAGCUUCCACUCUCUUCAUCCUCGUCUGGCGCAGAAGCAUCUGCUUCGCUUCCGAUCAUGUCUGCUUCAUCACAGACCUCAUCAGUGUCACAUUCCAGCAUGUCUUGCGCCGUGGCAUCGAGCACAACGACAACCCGGCCAUCCGCUCUCACACGACCGAAGCUUACCCUCCAGACCUCAUCGCUUCCUGUCACCUUUGGCAGCUCAUCAACAGGCCUAUCGCUAUCGUUAGCUGCCGGCUCGACAGCCUCUCCCACAGUCCGAAACACCUUUAAGAACGCCUACGAUGUUGUAUAUCCGUCUUCGGCAACAGCUUCUCCGUCGAGAACCUCGAAUCCUCGCUUUCCCAAGCCGUCAUCACCAUACACUUCCAGCAACCCGUACCAGCUACCACUUGGCGUGAAGAGCAUUCUUCGCAACUCGCCCCUGGAAGCGAAACGGCGGGCAAACUCAGUGGCUCCGAGCGGGCCGAACGGAGCCUCAACCACGCGUCGGGUAUUCUUCCCGACCAAGAAGCAAGUCACCUACCGGUAUCCGCUCGAGGAGGAAAUCAAGACCGUCACAUACACCACGCGACAUUCAGAUCUUGUCUCUGAGCCCGAGGCGGACUCACGCGAGACAAGUUCCGACGAAGAUUCGGAUUACUCGAGUUCUAGCGGGGUUUCAUCUGAAACAACCCCAUCCGAUGACGACGCGGGAACCGAGUCCACGGGGUCCGGCCCAACCGGCGAUAAGAAGAAAAAGAAGCGAAAGUAUCGCAGCGCCGAACGCCAAGUCCGCGCUAUCGCCCUGAUGGAGGGACUGGAAGACCCGUACGCCCCGUCAACGCCUCAAACACCGCGACAGGGUCGCCUGAAACGCCGUCGCGAAUGGAGGUGGACUCUGGGACCGUUGGAGAACAUCAACAGCACGGCAGAGACAACACAAACAGACCCAACAUCAACCACACAAACGUCUACCGUCUCAGAACCAGAACAGGAACCCGCCAUGGAACCAAAAACUCCCAUCAUCGCUUCGCCCCGACCCAAACUGUCAAAACUCUCGCCCCCAACCUCCGCCACGCUUAGUGACACAUCUGAAAGCAACACCGCUCUUUCAAGAACAGAGCUCACGGACCCCUAUCCACCGCAUUAA